AUGUCACAUGUUUCUUUACCGCGGCCGUUAUCAGCGUUACACAACUUCCUCCUCUUCAGGAAAAAGGUCACGCUAUCUCUCUCCACGUUACUAUCUCCACGCCACCGUCCCCACGCCACCGUCCCCACCGUCCCCCCGCCACCGUCCCCCGUCUCCACGCCACCAUCUCCACGCCACCAUCUCCACGCCACCAUCUCCACGCCACCAUCUCCACGCCACCAUCUCCACGCCACCAUCUCCACGCCACCAUCUCCACGCCACCGUCCCCACGCCACCGUCCCCACGCCACCGUCUCCACGCCACCAUCUCCACGCCACCAUCUCCACGCCACCAUCUCCACGCCACCAUCUCCACGCCACCAUCUCCACGCCACCAUCUCCACGCCACCAUCUCCACGCCACCGUCCCCACGCCACCGUCCCCACGCCACCGUCCCCACGCCACUAUCUCCACGCCACUAUCUCCACGCCAUCGUCCCCACGCCACCAUCUUCACGCCACCAUCUCCACGCCACCAUCUCCACGCCACCAUCUCCACGCCACCAUCCCCACGCCACCGUCUCCACGCCACCGUCCCCACGCCACUAUCUCCACGCCACUAUCUCCACGCCAUCGUCCCCACGCCACCAUCUUCACGCCACCAUCUCCACGCCAUCGUCCCCACGCCACCAUCUCCACGCCACCAUCUCCACGCCACCAUCUCCACGCCACCAUCUCCACGCCACCAUCUCCACGCCACCAUCCCCACGCCAUCAUAUUCACGCCAUCAUAUUCACGCCAUCAUAUUCACGCCAUUAUUCCUGUAA